AAGCUCAGAAGAGAAGAAGAAGAAGCGUUGCUAAUGCUAACAAUGGCAUCUUCCCCGGAGUUACGGAUGGACGAGCUGCCCUCAGACCCACUGCUGCACGUCCUGUCCUACCUGGGCUUCAGGGACCUGGUCCGGUGCAGCUACGUGAGCCGCAGAUUGAACGAUCUGUCCAAACACAACCCGCUGUGGAAGUCUCUGUGCUGCAAACACUGGCUGCUGUCAGAUGCCGACCGGCUGCAGAGCGGUGUGUCCUGGUACUGUCUGUUCAGGCAGUAUUACGGGGACCUGGGCCGGUACAUCCAGUACUACCCGGUACUGAAGAGAGCCUGGCAGCAGCUGAAGGACUUCCUGCAGCAGAGAUGUCCUCGCAUGAUCGCGUCUCUGAAAGACGGAGCUUCGGAGGUGGAGCUGAACGACAUCGAGGCCCAGAUCGGCUGCAGACUUCCAGACGACUACCGCUGCUCAUACCGGAUCCAUAACGGCCAGAAGCUGGUGAUCCCGGGGCUGAUGGGCAGCAUGUCUCUGUCCAACCACUACCGGUCCGAGGUGCUGCUGGACGUGGAGACGGCAGCCGGAGGCUUCCAGCAGAGGAAGGGCAUGAGGCGCUGCCUGCCGCUGACCUUCUGCUUCCACACUGGCCUGAGCCAGUACAUGGCCCUGGAGCCGGCCGAGGGGCGCCGCAUGUUCGAGAGCUUCUACCCCUGCCCCGAUCAGACGGCUCAAGAUCCGUCGGCCAUCGACAUGUUCAUCACAGGCUCCUGUUUCCUGGAGUGGUUCACGACUUACGUCCACAACGUGGUUACUGGAGAAUAUCCAAUCAUCAGAGACCAGAUCUUCAGGUACGUACACGACAAAGGUUGCGUGGCGACCACUGGUGACAUCACCGUCUCCGUUUCUACCUCCUUCCUGCCUGAGCUUUCGUCCGUCCACCCGCCACACUUCUUCUUCACCUACCGGAUCAGAAUAGAAAUGUCCAGCAGCGCCUCGCCUGAAGUCGCCUGCCAGCUGGACAGCCGCUACUGGAAGAUCACCACCUCUGACGGCAACGUGGAGGAGGUCCAGGGGCCCGGCGUGGUCGGAGAGUUUCCCGUCAUGACACCUGGAAAGGUGCAUGAAUACGCCAGCUGCACCACCUUCUCCACCCCAUCAGAGUACAUGGAGGGUCACUACACCUUCCACAGACUGGCCAAUAAGGAGGAGGUUUUCCAGGUAGCCAUCCCUCGCUUCCACAUGGUGUGUCCUCCCUUCAGAGAGCCGGUGACUCGAACGCAGAAGGCUUCGUCCUCCAGCUACAGCGCUCGGUUCGACGACCACGACGACGACGGUGAGUACUGCGACGGAGACGGUGACGACUUCGGAGACCUGAGAGGAAUCAACAUGGCCGCCCUGGAGGGAGCUUGGUGCCCUCGACACAUCUGACCCCCGACCCCCACAGCAGGGCAUCAUGGGACGGACAGGGACCCAAUCACCUUCCAGCUGCCGAGGAAACAAACUAUCAGGGUGCAGUUUUAUUGGAAACUUUUCUGUUUGGUGUUUUUGUGGGAUGGUGGCGCUCCAGUUUUGAGUUUUAUCGAACACAGAGGAAGCUCCGCCCACUGCUGAGGCUUUAGAGGAAGCUCCGCCCACUGCUGAGGCUUUAGAGGAAGCAGGAGGUUAGAUGGUGUUUCAGAUGAGGUUCUUCAGACCACCUCGCUUUGUUUUCAGGACGAACUCGCUCUUCAUGGCGUUUAUUAGCAUCUAAACAAAGUGAUGGGAGGAGAAUCUGAUCAUUUCCAUCAACAGAUCACAGCCUACAGGCCUGUGCAGUAAAUGUCAAAUGAUUCUCAACUGUAUCAGCUCACAGUAAUCAGAUUACUACUAAGUGGAGUAGCAUUCUAAGUAAGUAAAGUAAGAGACACAAAAUGACAAAAAAAUGGUGCAAAAUGAUUAUAAAGUGACAUAAAAUGGCUGUAAAGUGAUGCAAAGUGACCGUAAAGUGACACAAAAUGACAAAAAAGUGACGUAAAAUGCCCGUGAAGUGACACAAAAUGGCCGUUCAGUGACACAAAAUGACCAUAAAGUGACGUAAAAUGACCGUAAAGUGACACAAAAUGGCCAUUAAGUGACACAAAAUGACAAAAGUGACGUAACAUGAUUAUAAAGUGUCGCAAAAUGACCGUAAAGUGACACAAAAUGGCCGUAAGGUGACUCAAAAUGACUAUAAAGUGACGUAAAAUGACCGUGAAGUGACAUGAAAUGGCUGUAAAUUGACAUGAAAUGGCCAUAAAGUGACACAAAAUGACCGUAAAGUGACACAAAAUGACAAAAAGGUGACGCAAAAUGACCGUAAAGUGACGCAAAAUGGCCGUUAAGUGACACAAAAUGACCAUAAAGUGACGUAAAAUGAUUGUAAAGUGUCACAAAAUGUCAAAAAAGUGACGUAAAAUGACCAUAAAGUAAGACAAAGGGGCCGUUAAGUGACACAAAAUGACAAAAAAGUGACGCAAAAUGACCAUAAAGUGAUACAAAAUGAUUAUAAAGUGACAAAAUGGCCGUAAAGGGACACAGAAUGGCAAAAAAUACGCAAAAUGACCAUAAAGUGACUCAAAAUGACGAAAAAGUGGCGCAAAAUGAUUAUAAAGUCACAAAAUGGCCAUAAAGUGACACAAAAUGGCCGUAAAGUGAUACAAAAUGGCCGUUAAGUGAACUAAAAGUAACAGUUUAUCGUCACGCUCCCUCUGCUGUUCUUCAUUGUCAGGACGAUGCGUUCACUGUAGUUUCAUGGAACCAGUGAUACUAUGACGACUCCUACUGAUCUUUCUUGAUCUUUGUCGAGUCUCAGUCAGAUUUUUUACUUCCUGUGUUCAAUCAUGUUAUUUUGGACAAAGUUUGAGCCAUUUUUUUUUAGCAUUGUGGAGCAUUUUUACUUUAGUUCAGGUUUUGAGUCACUUUUGAUGAGUUUUGAGUCGUUUCAGACAACCUUUAAGUAAUCUUGGGUAGAUUUUGAGCUGUUUGAGGACUGAUGUCAUUGAUGUUGGACCAGUUCUAGUCUUUGGUUGCUUUGGGUUUCUACUUUGGGGCCUGAGUUAUAAAUAUAGGGUUUGUUUUUGAUUGUCUGCUGAUACAGUUUAGGAUCAUUUGACGCUAAACUGAUGUUCCACAGGGCUGUACGUCCGCUAAUCAUUCAGAUAUUUGAUUAAAGAAACAUCCUCGUUGUGUCCAAGAACAGCCUGAAGAUCUUCUCAGAUGCUGAAAUCCAUGAGGGAUUUCUGCUUGAAAGGUUAAUGAUCUAAAUUAUUUGACACGUUUACCAUCAUGGUAUCAGUUGUUAGUGCCCCCGGUGGAAAAACGUGGUGCUGCAGCUGUUGGAAAAGAGUCUUUUGCAAAGAGUUUUAAUUUGACCAGCAGGUUUCAAGCUACAGUCGAACUAUUUCUAUGGAUUUGUGGUUUCUGUGGACAACAAAGUGACUAAAACUGUUGUAAAGAUGGAAAGUGGCCACAAAAAGGCAGAGAACAACAGUUCUGGUCCUCAUUAACAUCUGAAGAAACCUGCUGGUCCAAAAACAAGUCCACUACAAACCUCAAGUUCACUACCAGAAUGACGUUGUAGCUUCCAGAGGAUCCGAAAACGUCUUAAAGACACGAUGGAGAUGCUAAAUGGUGGUGGUGUGGGCUCAUUAAAGUGCAGCGGCUAACGCUAAUGGCUAACGUGUUGCUUUGUGGUCUUUGUGUUGCACCAGAGUGUGGACUUCUGGAAGGACUCUGGGUUUAUUUAGCUUCCAGCGUUUCAGUGUUUUCCUGAACUUAGCAUCAUGACGCGGGCUUUUGUAUGUUUGGACUAAAUAAAAGACAGAUAUUCAUGCA